AUGUCUGGUUUUACCUACAGAGAAGUCAACGGCGACUUAUUCGGCUGCAACAGCGACUACUCAAUGUGUCACUGUGUGGCUGCCGAUUUACGGAUGGGCAAGGGAAUAGCGGUAAAAUUUCGCAACAAAUUUGGACAAUUGCUGAGCCUGCAGAAGCAGAAUGUUCAGCCCGGGGGCGUGGCAAUCCUUCAGGACCAGCAGCGUUAUGUUUACUAUCUGAUUACCAAAAAAUCCAGCUGGGGAAAGCCCACAUAUGAACUGCUCCAGAGUUCCCUGAUUGCCAUGCGACAGCAUAUGAUAUCCCACCAAGUCCCCAAGUUGGCCCUGCCCCGCAUAGGAUGCGGUUUGGAUGGCCUCAAGUGGCCCAAAGUUAAGGAAAUAAUAUGCCAGGUUUUCCAGUCGGAUGCUGUGGAACUGGUCGUUUAUAAUUAUGUAGCUCAGAAGUAA